UUCCCCAUGUUCUCGUUCUUCUUCCUCUCGAGCAAUUCCUCUGUUUCUUCCUCUCGGGCGAUAUGUCGACCUCCUCGUCAGCCUCCCGUUCCACGUGGCCGGUGUAUGGUCUAGUGCCGAUGACUCGAUGCACUGACUGCCCACGGACUGCGCCACUGAAGCGAUUGACUUCGAAGGAGGAGAAGAAUGGGAACUUUGGGCGCGAGUUCGUCAAAUGCGAGAGCAAGCCGGAGGGGCAGAUCGUGAAGAAAUGCCACCAUUUCGAGUGGAUGGAUGAUUACAUCCAGAGGCUUCAAGGGUUGGGCUUGCUAGAUUCGAGGGGGAAUGCAAUCCGCGAGUUUAAUCUGCCCCAUGACAGUGCCGCUCCGGCAGCAGCAGCGCGUCCAGAAUACCCGACGGUGGUAGAUGUCGAACUGAAGACGGAAUUGAAGAAGAUGAACAAGAACUUCAAGCAGCUGAUUGAGUUGAAGAAGCAAUCUCCAAUCUGA